AUGCCACCAAGACGUAACAAGAAACCUCUUCCAAAACAUGAAGACGAAAGCCUUAGUGAGGAAGUCGAUGACGAUACUGAAGACACCAUAAUUGCGAAGCCGUCAGUAAAACGAUCGAAACCAGAUCUAGCAGUACAGUGGAUAGACAAGUAUGAGCCCAAGAGGGUUGAGGAAGUAUGCAUCAACCCUAAGAAACUAAAGGAGGUGGGGGAGUUGAUUGAGCUGAUGAUAUUUCAGCGUCUGGAUUGCAGACUUUUGGUCUUGACAGGGCCCGCUGGGUGCUCCAAAUCGACGUGCGUCAAGCUACUAGCGAAGAAGUAUCUUGCAGAAUUCCAUCUGAGCCACAUUACCUUGCUGAAAUCGACUGAUGGAAACAUUGUUGAGUAUUGCGACUCAAAUUUAGAGGAGACGCAUCAGAAAGACCAUUUUCGUGACUUUUUGGAUGGUUGCAAAUUCUUGGUGGGGCGUAAUCUAUCAUUGAUUUUGAUAGAGGAUUUGCCUAAUGUAUUUCAUAGUGAUACUCUUGCAUCAUUUAGGAUCGCCAUUCGUGAUUGGAUCUUUGCAGACAAGCCUUUAACACUCCCACCUGUGGUUCUUUGUCUCCUGGAGGUAGAAAUGACUCAAAGUUUGGAGCCUGGCCAUAAGGCUUACUACAACAUCGAUAACAACUUGACAGUUGAGACUCUACUAGGAAAAGAUCUACUCUAUCUGGGUUCGGCACAAGGCUUAGUAAGAAGAAUCAAGUGCUUGCCGAUUGCGAAGACUUUUAUGAAGAAGACGCUUAAUAAAAUAGUCGCAUCCGAAGUGCGAGUCUUCAGCAAGUUUAACAAGGGCACGUUGAAUGACUUUAUCAACUCAAUGGCCGAUAGUGGGGACAUUCGCUCGCUGAUAUGCAAUCUUCAAUUUUGGAGUUUAUUCCCUCAAAUGCCUUUAGUUCAAGGAGAUCCUCAGAUCUCACUUUUUCAUGCUGUUGGCAAGAUUGUUCACUCAAGCUCAAAGUACCAAGAUUUGGAUGACGACCAGCUGGACGCGUUGUCCAUCAAGACUGUCGCUGACGCAUACUCCAACUUCAGUCUACUUUACUUGGCCCUCUUGGAAAAUUACCAGAUCGUGAAUGGAGGAGAAUUUGACAUUGACAUUGCAUCUUGCGUAGUCGACGCUUUGAGUAUUAAUGAUACUCUCGAUGACAUCCAGGAGAGUAGAGAGGAAUCGAGCAGAGUCCAGAGAGAAGUGUCUGAUUAUGUGCGGUACAUAACUCGUAUGCAACUUCUGUUUCGACAAGCCAAUCUAGUGUAUGGGUGUCUUCUACCUAGAAUCUACAACCUGUUCAAGUACAAGCUUCUAAAUGGUCGCACCAGAUUUAGCUAUAAUAGACUAGGAGGUUCAUUUUCUCCGGUGAUCGCAGACGACGAAUUGCCAGUCAUGGAGAAUGAACAUGAGUUUGAUUCACGCGAGGAUGAUCAGUUCAAAGCUGAUAUACAACAGGCUAUUAUGGAGGACAGUGCAGUCCAGCCAGAUGAAAAUCAAAGUGACUUAAGCGAUGCUAUAAGUGAAUCUGGCGUUGAUACCGAUGAAGACUUAAACGACACACUCGACGAGGGACUUAUUAGCAGCUUCAAAAAACCAAUGCUAAGAGGCAAAGUACGAGAGGCAGAAGACAUACUGGACGACCCCGAACUCGAUAUGCUUGUGUCUCAGGGAAUGCUUUAA